AUGAGGCAGGAUUAUGCGGUUGCCUCGAUUGUCGCUAAUCGCAAUUUCUACAUGAGACGUAGGUUCCACGAUGAUCCCGAUGUCCAAGAACUUAUACACUGUCAAUGUCAAUGCAUAUCUCCUCAUCAAGAUAUAAGUAGAAGCAAUCUGCUGCUAUGUAGUAGGAGAGGUAGAAACUUCGCAUUCCACUGUAUCCUCAGCGUAGUGAGCGAACUGACUGAAUCACGCGGGGAGAGGGCCUCGGGGCGCUCACCGAGUUCGCUGCCUUUCUCUUGUGUUUGUCAAGUAUUUCAGGAUGAAGUUUUCAAAGCAGUCAAGCCUAUCUACGAAGAAUUAAGUUCUGACGAUUUAUUAUCCCGCUGUCUUGGCGGGUAUACUCAAAAUAACAACGAGAGCUUCAACUCUGUGCUGUGGUCUAUAGCGCCGAAAGGGGUCCACAGCAGCAAGGCGAUCGUUGAUAUUGCUGCAAAUAUUGCUGUUUGCAAUUUCAACGAUGGCCUAAAAAGUGUAUUGAAAAUUAUGCAAGUUCUUAACUUAACGAUCAGUACCACCUGCUACAACUUUUGCAUAAAAACCGAUGAACGGCGGAUCCGCGCAGCCGAGCGCGCCAUGACUGCGGAAGCUAAAGCAGCUCGGAGACUUGACAUAUCCAAUAAAAAGGCCAAAGAUGAUGAGGACCUUAAUUUGGAAGGACAAUUGUACGGGCCAGGCAUUGCCGAUUAAGGUCACUCCAGUCAGCCACAAUCGUGUACACCAGCAAGACAUACGCGACGCUAGCGGCCUCUUUUGACGGCGUUUAUUUUAUAAACCAUGAUGAUUUUUCAAAAACAAAAAAUAUGUUCAGUGUCUUUAAUAUGUAAAUAAAAAAGCCCAAAGACCCGAUUUUGAAUUGCGCACUUCUUUGUAUGUAAAAAAAAAAUCUUGAAAAUGAG